UUUCGGCGUUCUUUCUUUGGUCAACUUUUUUCUGCUUUUGCUUAAGGCCUUUUUGAAUUAGAUAUAUAGAUGCUGGUAACUCACUCUUAUCGAUGCAUGGAUCUUCAUGCUGUCGAGACAGGAUAAGGAUGAGUGAUGCUGUCAAGACUGGACUUGGUUGGUAGAGGUACGAGCAAAAGAUAAACGCGCACAUCCACAGAUCUGCGCAGGUAUGAGCUCUUUGUUUCCAUACGUCGCUCAGACAGUGUGUGCUUUCAGAUUUUUUUCUUUUCUUUAGAGUCUUGGUCUUGAUUCUUGGAACAUAAUUACCUAACUCUAACACCUUGGAUUCAUCCGAUUUCGUUGGCACCGAAGGCGACUCACUGAUGGACAGGCUUUCGAGGAUACCAAUGGAUUUGGACAUCGAUUCAGAAUCGAAGUUCUGGCGCACGUAUACUGUUCUUUGGGUUAUCACGCUGCUCAGUCUCGGUACUUCUGA